AUAUGAAAGAAAAAGAAAAAAAAAAAAAAUGCUAAUUUGCUAAACCACUCAAAGUCCUUUUACUAUAAAUACAAUUUAUCCCAUGCAACCAAAUCCUCCAACAUUAACCUCCAUGGAAAACACUCGUCGGAGAAAAAGCUCCUCCGGCGAAGCAUUCUCAUUUCCUAGCACUCCAACCCAAGACGAAGACGAUCACUACCAAGACUCGAGCUUCGAGUUCGGAUGCAUCACACCGGACUCACCGUCCACCGAUCCUUUCAAAGAUUCUCCGGCCGACCAUUUGUUCUUCAACGGCCGUCUACUUCCUCAUUCUUUUCCAUUCCAACCGGGUAACGGGAACGGGUUUACUGUUACAACAGAUACUAAGUCUCGAUGUUUCGGGAGCCGAAACAGCAGCAUCAGCAGCAGCAAGGACUCACUCACGACAUCCCGCAGUAAUAGCACCAACAGCAGGAGCAGCAGCUGCAGUAGCAGUGCGAGGGCGAGCUAUAGCGAUGGUAAUUAUUAUUAUUAUGGGAGGACAACGAUGGGAAAUAAUAACAAUAACAAGCGGGUUUCGGGUCAUGUAUAUGGGUCUUCUCAGAGAUGGCAAUUCAUAAGUACUCCGGUACCAUCUUUGAGUCGGGAAACUUCCAGGAGAAGGAAAGUAGAAGGGAAUGGGGAAUUGAGAUCGGAAAAGAAACAGGACCAUUAUAGGAGAAAUAAGGUGGUCGUCAGGUAUCAGCUUGGCCGGAGACUUUUCCGGUGGUUUGUGUCGGCCUGUAAAGAAUGCCACGCAAUUGAACCUUCCAGGAAAGAUAAAGAUAAAAGUCUUGCGCCCAAAUGUUAAAUAAUUACAAUCAUUUUGCCUUCUUGUUUUUUUUUUUUUUUUUUGGUUUUUUUUUUUUUUUUAAAUUUCUUUCAGGUUCUGCGUAUAGUUGUCUUUUAAUUUUAAUUUUUUUUAUUUUUUUUAUUUAUUUAUUUUUUGGGUUCAGCGGUCGGGUUAGAAUUUGGAAUCGAAAUUAAUGGGCUUUUCUUUAAGAAUGAGAGAAAAAGUAAAGCCCAAUAAAUGCUGUUGGAUUGUAGUAGUAGAUGAGAUGUUUGCUUUGUUUAACAA